AUGGCUGAUAUCAAGUCAAAACGUACAAAAUCAAAAUCUCCUUUUAACUGGGGGAUUGAUUACCCUUGUUGUUUCUCGUUCCUUUCAAAAGCUAGGGGUUUCAAGAGAGAGUCUCAUUUAGUUUGCCAUGUACAAUUUCAAACAACCAGCGGUCAGCUUUUGGUGGAACUUCAAUUCAGAGAAUUACACUUACACAAGAGAGACUUUAAUCACUAUAUCAAUCAAUGGGGUCAUUUCUUAAUUGCCUUUCCACAAGCUUAUAAUUUAGUGUUAGAAUCUUUGGAGGGUCAGCAUGAUGAUGAAAGGAGGAAGAAGAUAAUACAAGAAAUCCAAUGGCAUGCUUCAUCCAACCAAGAAUGUAACUUAGACCCAACAGCAGAGAACACUCAUCACUCUUUGGCAGCCAAGUAUGUUAAGUUCUUGCUAGCUACUGCGUCAAGCCAUCUAGAUAUUGGACAUCUUGAAACUCAGACCCCUGCUGAGAAAUUUAAAAUUGCUGCUUUUGUUCUUGGCGUGUGGCUCUCUGCGAGACUUGCUAAGCUUAUUAAGCCAGUUAUCAGUCCUAUUGAACAACCUCACCGAUUCAGUGAGAGGAUUGAUAGAUACUCCUCUGAUGAAUUCGAGGCCUCAACUGAGAAAUUGUGUAAUUGGCUAAGCGACUCUUUGAGAAAUGAAGAGCCUAAAGUCCUGGGUGGCGUUUAUCAUCAUGCUAUGAAGCUCGAAGUAUUGUGUGGUUUUCUGAUGCUUGCCAAGCUCAUCCCUGUAUCACUCAUGCGUAAUCGUCCGGAGGAGCGCCUCGUGCCAAUUUAUGAUUUUAACUUCACAUGCGCUACAGUGGAUUAUUUGCAAUUUUCAAUGCAAAAUCCUGAUCGAAGGGCACAUCCUGGUAACAUGUACUUUUCUGAUUCAGUUGCCAUUCCACUACCUAAUACUGGCAGGACACCUCCAUGGAAUAGAAUAUCAGUUUCAAAUCUUAGGAGGUCAGUUGGAAUGGCUGCUGGGCUACAUUGGGAAAGCGGGACACCUUCUAAUAGUUUAUCCAUUAGUAGAACUGCACCGGUCGACAUUUCAGUAAGAACCACAAUAUACUCCCAGCGAUUUUAUAAGUGCAACUACUGUGGCUUCCGGAUUGCUUCAUUAGCUAAUAUUUCUCUUAUGGCACAAUUGUUCGGCCAGGAUCUUCCUAUUCCAUCAGUGAUGGUCAUCCACCCUCCAUUGACAACUGUGAUUGUGCAACACACUAAUGAAACUGAGCAAACACCGGAUGGUUUAGGGAAUAAUCUUUUGUGUGGCAUGUGUGAGGAACAGAUUGGGAAAUGCUUUGUCGUUGCUGCAGCUGAACUGGAAAUUUGGGUUUUACACCUCCCCUGUUUAAAACUAGAACCCUCGAGGUAUGAACGCCUCAUUCCCUGGUAUUGAGUCAUCCUGGAAGUUAGUUGAUCGUGUCAAGCAGUUAUGGAAGACUACGCAAGAGCUGAAGGUUGAGGAUGUCAGUAUUGCUGUUUCGUCUGGAGUGGUUUGCUUGGUUCUGUGCUGGCGGGAUAGCAGGAAGAGAUUUACUUUCACUUGCUACAUGUCUGAUAAACUCAUUGUACCGCUCAAGGCUUCAACAAGCAGUUUCUCAAAUCCUUGUGAGAUGAUUAUGUUGAUAAAUGAAUUUUAGUGUUAUGAUGAAGUACUGCACAAUUUCUACCAACUUUACUUGAUGAAUGUCUUUCUGCUGUGCCUGUAAGAUCAUUUGUUGCUUAUUUUUCAUUUGAAAUUGCAUA